AUGUCGUACACAGCCAUCGCGCCACUGUCAAAGGCACCCACGCCACCUACAAAGAUGAUUUCUUCUGAGUUGAAUCCUGCAGGAAAGGCCACCAAAACCUCUCGCAAACCCUCCUCCAAAACCCAGGCAAAGCCUGCCCAAAGUUCUUCCCCGAAAUCGGCAGAGAAGACCCAUCGAAGGUCUAGAUUAGGGUGCUUUACCUGCCGUUUACGAAGAAAGAAGUGCGAUGAAGGGAAGUCUGUCUGCAAAGCCUGCAAAAAUCUCAAGUUGAAAUGCGAAUACAAACGACCCAUGUGGUGGGGGAACGGUGACCAGCGACGUAUGCAAAAGGAGGCAAUCAAGGAGAUAAUCAAGAACACUAGGCUCAGUGAGAAGGCCAGCACGAAUGCCAAUACCCGCGCAAACAGCUGUGCACAUACUUCUACCCCCAGCCUGUCACAUUCUGUCCCGACAAUAGAUACCUUUUCGGAUGGUAUGGGCAUGAGUCGUGCGAACUCUGCUGAAUCGCAGUUCUCCCUGGAACAUGACUACAGCUACCCGCUGCAUGAUCCAUUCGACCCAUUCGGCUCUCAACUUCAAACUCCCCAUUUCGAAGCAGCCGUGUUCUACGGAACAGCGCCAUCUUAUGAGGUUGACAUUAAGACAGAACGGCAAAUGUAUGUCAAUGACAUCCCUACUCGACGGGACUCUUCGAUUUCAACCUUCAGCACAUUCCAGCCACCCAUGCCUCAUGCCAUCCUGCCCGCAUUUCCCGGUGACGACUGGAUCAAGGAGGAAUAUUUCGAGAGUUGCAAGGAAUCAUUUAGCUCACCUGAAGCCAACGAUUUCGGAUUUUUUGCCAUGCCAUCUGAACCAACCAUUGCGGACAUGUUCAACCUCGAUGAUGGUGACCGGUAUCUAUUAACUCACUUCUUUGAAAACGUCAUCCGCCUUAUCCACCCCGUUCUGGAGACUAGACAACAAGGUAUCGUACAGUCGCAUGUUGUGCCAGCCUUGCAGACAAACAAAGCCUACCUCCACUGCUGUCUCAGUAUCGCUGCGAUGCAUCUAAAGGCCACUGAAUGCGACAAAGGCGACAAGUUCGAUAACGCCAUUCUCAACCAUCGCGGUGAGGCAGUGAAGGAGCUCAACGAGGCACUGACCCACGAUACUGACAAUCUUCAAAUCUUGGAUGCGAUCCUCGCGAUGAUCCUGUUUCCCUGCGCCGUUGGCUGUCCAAAUGACGUGCUGCUUGAUAUCCCCUGGCAUUCUCAUUUCCAACCAGUAACAGAACUAAUCAGCAGACUCGAACUUCCCCAGAUGCUGCUCGACGCCGACAACCAGAAUAUCCCCCCACCAUUCAGCAUGACACUGGUUGCCUGGAUCGACAUCCUGGGCUCCACAAUGCUGGGCAAGACACCACAAUGCGCACAUGUUUACCGCACACAACUUCUUGGUGGUUCCUCUUCCGGUUUGUCUGAUCUGAUGGGCUGCGACGAUCGUGUUAUGUAUCUAAUCUCCGAGAUUUCCUGUCUCGACGCACUGAAAAUUGAAAGUCGCAUCGACGAUAUCCAGCUCUGCUCCCACAUCACCGCACUAGCCCAUCAACUCGACCACACCGAACCACCACCAGGAUCUCUCGUCUAUCCGGUCAACGACGCAGGUAUCCUCCAGCCCUGCCAACUGUCCCAGAACAUGACUGCCCUCUACCGUCUUUCGGCGCGUGUGUAUCUCUGCAGUCUUGUGCCAGGUUUCCACCGAAGUCAGGCAGGCACCAGAAAGCUAAUUUCCGACUUUGUGGAGUUGGUAAAUCUGAUCCCUGGUGGGACAGAAGGGUUUGAUCGCUCCCUCGCCUGGCCGUUCCUAAUAUGUGGUUCCCUUUCCACUCCGGACAGUCCAUUCCGCGCCAUGUUUGAACGUCGCACCGAGAUGCUGGGUAACCAAGCUGACAGUGGCAGCUUUGGCCGUAUGGCUUGCUUACUGCGCGAGGUCUGGAGACAAUCUGAUGCAGCUAUGGCUGAUAUGUCUUUCCUCCCUACUCCUAUUUCUUCCACUACCCCUGGUGCGGGAGUAUCAGUUGGAGACGAGAAGCAGAGGCAGCAACAACAUUCCAAGCUUGCAAACAUCCACUGGCGGGAUGUUAUGGAGCAAAACGAAUGGAAUUUCUUACUAAUAUGA